AUGCUCGAUCUUGGAGCCGGUGCUCAAACUCCCCAGACUGUUGCCGCUCACGAUAACGCUAUCAAGUGUGUUGAGAGCAUUACAGUCAACGGCCAGCCCAUGAUCGUCACUGGUUCCUGGGACAAGACAAUCAAGUACUGGGAUUGCCGCCAACAAUCCGCCGUUGCUUCGGUUCAGUGCAAAGAACGCGUCUACGCUAUGGACACUCGCGACCAGCUUCUUGUUGUCGCUACUGCUGAUCGCUGGGUUGAGAUCUUCAACCUCAACCAGCCUACUGCUGCCUACAAGCAGAUUCAGAGUCCUCUUAAGUGGCAGACUAGAACUGUCAGCUGUUUCGCCGACGCUACUGGUUUCGCCAUUGGCUCUAUCGAAGGCAGAUGUGCCAUUCAAUACGUCGAGGACAAGGAUUCGAGGUGA